CAGAUAACCACCUGUAAAAACUCUGCUAUACUAACGCCAUCUUGAUUUUUUCGGAGGUGCUUGUAAAAAAGAAAAAAAGGUCAUUGUCAUUUUCCUCGUCUUGGUCUCAACUAUAUCCCAACAAAUCAGAAAAAAUGUGUACGUCUGGGGUAAGUUCAAAAAUUAUUGAUGGAAAACAAAUUGCUGAAGAGGUCCAGAAGGAAUUGAGGGUCGACAUAGAUGAAUGGGUGAGUUUAGGACACCGUUCACCAUGUUUGGUUGCAAUUUUGGUAGGCGAAGAUCCAGCCAGCAAGAAAUAUGUUCAAAACAAGAUGAUUGCCGCCAAAAAAGUCGGAAUAAAUAGUACUACUUUGAAACUAGCCAAUACUCUCACUGAAGAAGAAUUGUUGAAUAAAAUCAAGGAACUCAAUGAUGAUCCAUCAGUCGAUGGAAUUUUAGUUCAAUUGCCUGUUCCGAAUCAUAUACGUGAGAGGGAGGUUUGCAACGCUGUGGACCCUAGGAAAGAUGUAGAUGGAUUCCAUUCCCUGAACAUGGGCAAAUUGGCGGCGAGCACUGAUACAUUCGUGCCGUGCACUGCAUUGGGAGUGGUUGAACUCAUAAAAAGGUCACAUGUGAAAACAUUUGGGAAAAAUGUUGUUGUUUGCGGAAGAUCUAAAAAUGUAGGCCAAGCUAUACAGUUGUUACUCCAAUCUGAUGGAAGAAACGAAUAUCCUGGUUUUGAUGCAACCGUUACUGUUUGUCACAGAUACACUCCUCCAGAAGAGUUGACAUAUUUUGCAAAGAGGGCUGAUAUUAUCAUCAGUGCAACAGGGGUUGUUAAUCUGAUAAAACCAGAUAUGGUCAAACCUGGAGCCUGUAUCAUAGAUGUUGGAAUUACCAGGAUUCCUACUAUCGAUGGCAAGACAAAAAUAGUUGGCGAUGUUGACUUUGAAGGAUGUUUUGAUGUUGCUGGACAUAUCACACCUGUACCUGGGGGAGUUGGACCAAUGACAGUAGCAAUGCUUAUGUCUAACACAUUGAAAGCUGCUAAAGGCUUAGUUAAUAACUAACGACAUUCACUUUUUUUUAUUUAUGACACACUAAUUAUGACAUAAAUUGUUAGAGUUUGUAAAUUCAGUAUUAUAGUGUUUGUAAUUUAUUGUUGUAAAAAGAUUUUUUAAUAAAUUAUAUAUUGAUUUUA